AUGGCCCCUACCACCAAGCAAGCUAACGCUGCUGCCAAGGCAGUCGUGAAGGGUUCUUCCCUUCACAAGUCCCGCAAGGUUCGCACCUCGACCACCUUCCACCGCCCCAAGACCCUCCAGCUCUCGCGGUCUCCCAAGUACCCCCGUGUGUCGAUUCCCCACCAGCCCGUCCUCGACGCCCACAAGAUCGUUCUCUACCCUCUGAACACUGAGAGCGCCAUGAAGAAGAUCGAGGAGAACAACACCCUCGUCUUCAUUGUUGAUGUCAAGGCCAACAAGCGCCAGAUCAAGGGUGCUCUUAAGAAGCUGUACGACGUUGACACCGUCAAGGUCAACACCCUGGUCCGCCCCGACGGUUCCAAGAAGGCUUUCGCCCGUUUGACUCCUGAUGUCGAUGCUCUUGACAUCGCCGCCACCAAGCUGGCUAUUGUCUAA